AUGUCUCUGUCAGAUCAAGUAAAAAAGUUUAAGAAUACUCUCACUGCAAAUACUGGUCUUGGUGUUAAGCGAACAGCUAAUGCAGCUCAUCUUAAUGAAAAUACUCCUUCUGUGGGCUACAUUGCCAACAACACAAAAGCAUCAUAUGAAUUAUCAAGCCAAGAAGCCCGAAAGAGGGCAAAGAAAGCUACUGUCUAUUCACAGCCUGCCAAUACUGGCACUGGGCAUCAUGCCAUGAGUCAGCUUUAUACUGUCAUUCAAUUCCUAAAGGAUUGUGAUAAUCCACAGUCAGUAGUUAGCAUUGGGACAAGAACAAAAGUGGACAUUACACGAAAUCAGGCACUAUGGGACAAAUUGGUUCAAAAUAGCAAGAUUGAAUAUAAUCCAGUAAACAAGACCUUUGCUUACAAGCCCACCUACCAAAUCAAGAGUAAAGAUGACCUGUUGUCUCUCCUUACUUCAAAAAAGAAUGAAGGAGGAAUGGAUUAUAAGGAUCUUAAGGAUUCAUAUUCUAAAUUGGCCAAUGCAGUAGAGGAGCUUGCGAAUGAGGGGAGAAUACUUGUGAUUCGUAACAAAGAUGGAAAUCCUCGAGUCUUGUUCUACAAUGAUAUGCAAUACAACACAUUUAUUGACCAAGACUUUCAAAAGAUGUGGGCAGAUAUUGCUAUACCAGAUGAAACUGAUCUCCCAAAAGCCCUUGAAGAUGCUGGUCUCAAAACCAUGGAAGUAUUUGAGAAGAAGGUGGUCUCAGAGGCUCGACCAAAGCGAUCAAAGACUCGCAACAAGAAGAUCAAGAUUACCAACACUCAUCUUUCACACAUCGAUUUAUCCAAGGAUUAUGUUCCCAAGAAAUAA